CUAUCCUUCCCCGGGACGGUUUUGAUGUCACUCCAGUGUCUGCAUAGCACAGUGCUAUUCGCUUCUUUGUAGUAGAGUUAUAUUAUUAUAAAGUUUUCUUCUCUACCUCAGCUGCUACGAGAUGGCGGGAAACUUUUGGCAAAGUUCUCAUUAUCUGCAGUGGGUUCUGGACAAACAGGACCUGAUGAAAGAGCGCCAGAAGGAUCUGAAGUUUCUCUCAGAAGAGGAGUACUGGAAGCUGCAGAUUUUCUUUGCAAAUGUGAUCCAGGCUUUGGGGGAACACCUGAAGCUGCGACAGCAGGUCAUUGCUACCGCAACAGUUUACUUCAAACGCUUCUAUGCCAGGUAUUCCCUGAAAAGUAUAGAUCCAGUGCUCAUGGCUCCUACCUGUGUUUUCCUGGCUUCUAAAGUUGAGGAAUUUGGAGUUGUGUCCAAUACCAGGCUGAUCUCUGCAGCAACAUCUGUGUUGAAAACAAGAUUUUCCUAUGCCUUUCCAAAGGAGUUCCCUUACAGAAUGAAUCAUAUAUUAGAAUGUGAGUUCUACCUUCUGGAGUUGAUGGACUGCUGCCUGAUAGUGUACCACCCCUACAGACCACUGUUGCAGUAUGUGCAGGAUAUGGGACAGGAAGACAUGCUGCUGCCCCUGGCCUGGCGAAUAGUGAAUGACACAUACAGGACGGAUCUGUGUCUGCUCUACCCUCCCUUCAUGAUUGCCUUGGCCUGCCUGCAUGUUGCCUGUGUGGUACAGCAGAAAGAUGCCAGGCAGUGGUUUGCAGAGCUCUCUGUUGACAUGGACAAAAUCCUGGAGAUCAUCCGUGUCAUUCUGAAGCUCUAUGACCAGUGGAAAAAUUUUGAUGACAGAAAGGAGAUAGCUGCUGUGCUCAACAAGAUGCCAAAGCCCAAACCUCCUCCUAACAGUGAAAGUGACCAGAGCUCCAAUGGGAACCAAAGCAACUCCUACAGCCAGUCCUAGCGUGGCGUCUAUAUUUCUGUGGGAAUCCAUAUUUUUGAUUUUUAAAAUGUCACCUUUUGUGACGACAGCUGGGGGAAAAAAAUAAAUCACAUUUCAGCCAACCAAGAUGGUUCCUUCAUCUACGCCCAAAAAAACUCUUGAGAGCCACAUCUUCGCUUUUCCCUUCUGUGAUCAUGGGUUUAUGGAUUUAGCGAGCAGCCACUGAAAUGCCUGCAGUGAGCAGCCGAUCUGUGACAACAGUUUUGUCGUCUCGAUGAGGUUCUGUACUCUGCUUCAGACUUGAAAUGAACUCAAAACUAAUGAACAUUUGGAGGUAUGGAGAGGGGAGCUGGGAAUGUGGGACCACUGAUAGAACAGAUGUGAUGGUUCAGUAGAAACCUGCUUUAAGGUCAUUGUGAUGAUCCUGACAUCCUUGAACAGCCCAGAGGAGCGAGUCCUUUCAUGUGGAGCUCCGUGGGAUUCGAGAAAACUUGAUCACAAGGUGUGUGUGUGUGUGUGUGUGUGUGUGUGUGUGUGUGAGAGAUUCCUCAGGGACUAUAGUAGUCUGUAAAAUGAUUAGAUCCUGUGCAGAUCUGAUUGGAUAUCACCCUGUGAUGUGAUCGGAUACCUCUGCCCUGUGAGGUCUCUGCUGGUUGAUCAUGAACCAUGGCAGGAAAAAUCCCAAGAGAGGUUCCUUGUUAUGGUAGAAAAUAACUCUUUGAAUCCAAGAAUUUACUGUUUUGAAUCAUGUCAACUUCACCUCCUCCAUACCAUUCCCUCUUCCCUUUUGUAAAUAGCCGUAUAAUUCUAUUCAUUUAUUUGAUCUUACAUGUUUUGGUUUAAUUAAGGAAACUUAAAUGGAAAUUGUGAGCUGGUUUUUCAUUUAUUCUGCUUGAGUUGUAGAAUAAUGUGUUGCGUAAAGCUGUAUUUUGUAAAUAUUUUGUUUUUAAUUUGUCAAAGAAUGGCUUUUUGGACUAAACACAAACCACAAUCGUUCUAGAUUUGUCUGCAAACUUUUGGUUGUAUAUUCUUAUUUUCAAGCUAUCGUCUGCCAUCUAGUGUAUUUAAUCACUGAAUUGUGACAAUAUAUUUGUGUGCAUACAUGUAUACCUGUAGAUGUCUCUAUAUUUUUGUGAUCUAAUACAGUGGGAGUUGUGUGUGGCUGUACUCAAAACAAGGUGCUUGAAAGCCUUACAAAAUGAAAGCUGCUAAUUACAGAGAGAACCCUUCAUAAAAGCACAUUGUCCAGUUCAGUCAAAUUGUAAAAUGCAUUUUAGGGCUGGAUGUUGUAUUACUUGGAUGCAUCUUCAAUUUUUUUCCUCAAGGGCUUCCUGUUCACCUCAUUUUGUCACUAUUGGAAAAACAACUGACAAGGUACAAAAACAUGGUGUUAAAUAGUCACUAGCACGUCACUUUCUUAUACUGAAUGAAACAAGACAAGUUUGACAGAGAAGCCACUGAGGCAAGUUGGAUGCAUCCUUGUUCUGCCUUUGCCAUCUGGCAUUUUCCUCCCCUUCAGCAGCUCCAUCUGUUACGUGACAUGUUCACAUGAAUGGGUGUGAGAAUGUAAAGGGCUUCACCCAACCUAAAUAACCCUACUAGUUCUGGUAAAAACAUUGCCCACAAUUGUUUUAUUACUUGAAAGUCUCUGUUUAUAAUUUUUGGAGGAUCAUUUAUGGUAAUAAAAAUGUAUGGUGUGCAUAA